AUGGGUGAGCCACGUGGGAGCAACAUGGCGGAGAAGAGAGCAAGGCUGGAGCCGGGAUCUGACAAGAAGAUAGAUUGGAGAAAUGAGAGAGUGAAACGAAAAGAACAGCGGAAAAAAUGGAGAGAGGAGAAAUUGCUGAGACAGUUAGAAAAAGCUCAACUGCAGAAGCUAGAAGCAGAGAAACAAGCACAAGAAAAAGAGAAGAGAAAGACAGAAAAUGGUCGUCAAUACACACUCAGUGUGGCCUUACCAGGAUCCAUUAUGGACAAUGCCCAGUCACCAGAGCUACGGACAUACCUGGCUGGACAGAUAGCGCGUGCCUGUACCAUCUUCUGUGUGGAUGAGAUUGUGAUAUUCGAUGAGACUGGAGAAGGGUCAAAGAGCGUGGAGGGGAACUUUGAGGGUGUGGGGAAGAAAGGACAGGCCUGUGUGCAGCUAGCAAGAAUACUCCAGUAUCUAGAGUGUCCUCAAUAUCUAAGAAAAUCUUUCUUUCCCAAACAUCCAGACUUGCAGUUUGCAGGUCUCUUGAACCCCCUGGACAGCCCUCACCAUAUGAGAAUAGAUGAAGAGUCGGAUUACAGAGAGGGAGUUGUUUUAGACCGACCAACUAAACCAGGCAAAGGCUCAUUUGUUAACUGUGGCAUGAGAAAGGUACCCAGUUUAUUGGUACAUUAA